GUAAGUGAAAGAAAGAGAGGGAGGUAGAGAGAGAGAGAAAACAGCUUAGUGGAGAGACAAGAGUGAGAGAGUAAGUGAAAGAAAGAGAGGGAGGUAGAGAGAGAGAAUUAGAGAGUGACUGACAGCAGGGGUGAGGAGCAGAUGAGAGGAGAGUUCACAAACUAUUGCAAAGCGUUGGAACAACCACCAGACCUCCAGUUCAAAUAUGUCAGGACAGCAGCACUGGACGCUUCUGGCCAUCAUGGCCCUCCUGGUCCUCACAGUGACAGCAGGCGAGGGGGGGAAAGCUGAGAAACAAGGGAAGAAGGAGCGUAAGUCGGACUGUGGGGAGUGGCAGUGGAGUGUGUGCGUGGCCAACGAGGGUGACUGCGGCCUGGGCACCAGGGAGGGCACACGCACUGGCACCGACUGCAAGCAGACCAUCAAGACCCAGCGCUGCAAGAUCCCCUGUAACUGGAAGAAGCAGUUUGGAGGUGAAUGCAAGUAUGACUUCCAGGCCUGGGGAGAGUGUGACAUGGUGACGGGGAAGAAGAACCGGUCGGGGGUGCUGAAACGAGCUCUCAUGGAUGCCACCUGUCCUAACACAGUGAGCGCCACCAAGCCCUGCGGCAAGAUCCCCAAGACCAAGCUGCAAGAUGCCAAGAAGCCGAAGCGGGAGGGGAAGAAGAGGGAGCGCACCCCGAUGGAUUAGUGGUGCAUCAUAGGAAGCAGGAAGUGGAAGUUGAUGCUUAUACUGCCCUAUCUCAGCAUGGUUCCUAUUUGUUUGUCCUGUAGGUUUAUAGGGGCCUGUAGCAGCUACACAACAAAGAGUUGGAUAGUAGUGAUAAAAUGUAUUUCUUUCCUAAUUUCUCAUAGGAAAAUAUUGUAGGGGAUUUAAUACUCUGUGUGAAUAAUACAAAUUAAGCAUUUCUUACUAAAAUGCUUAGCUUAACAUUUUUCAGGGUCAUUGUUGGAAAAACAAAAUAGAUUGGAUUUUUGUUCAUAUUACAUAACAUCCUUUUUGUUUGAGGUGACAAAAUUAUUCUCACUCAAAUAAAAAAUAAUUUCUUGCAUGUCUUGAUUUAAAGCAGCGUCAAGUUAAAACCUUGUGCAAUUACUGGGGUUUUAAAGGUUAUUUUGCUGGUACCCUCAACAGCAAAAUUGCUAACAACUUUUCUAACAAUUUUUGAGGGCAUACAUUAAUAAGACACAUAAGUACUCAUUGAUGUAAAGGAAAUUCCUUUUCUAAUGUUAUCUACAGUGAAAGAUGUAAACUUUUAUCAGAUGACUGUAUACAUUAGCUACUGUACUGUACAGUUGUUAGUGUGUAAGAGGUUGUGUCCAGUAUUAGUUCUGGUCUUCCUGCUAUUAUAACUCACUUUGUAGUUCCCCCGCUCUCCAGUUGAACUCUGAGCAAAACUGUUAUUGUAGUUUACAACUUGAGUUGACCUGUCCUAAUUAUGGAUUACAUUUAAAAAAUAAAAUAAAGUUUGAAAUGAUGUCCAAA